UAGAUAUUUGUUGUAUCUAUAUUUUCUCAAAUUCUUGGCCCACUUUCCCUCACCUCUCUCUACCUUCAAACUCCUUUUUUUGCUUCAGAGUCUUUCGGUGGCUUUGUGUGUACUCCUCCGUUACCCCCUGAUCGAUUCUUGUAAAAUUUAAGCAGAAUUUCAUCUGGGUAUUUCGAUUCUCAUUCAACUGAGGUGGAGAUGGGCUAGAAGAAGAAGUUAGAGAGUAGAUAACUUCGAGUCUUACGAUUAUCGCUCGAAAUGUCGAAACUAGAUACGGAAUUAUCGAAGGGUACUUCAUUUAUGGGUCUUCAGCUAUGGGUAGUGAUCUGCUUUUGUGUUGGUGUGUUUCUCUGUAUGUUUAUAUGUCUAUUAGCAAUGUGGGUCACAUGCCAAAGGAAAUAUAGCAGAAGAACUAAAUACCCUCUUUCCCAAAUACCGAAUGUACCGAAAGAUAUCAGAGUUGAUAGUGUUGGAGGCCCGGGCCCGCAUAACUAUAUUGCACAUCCAUCGGCAACCAGUAAUAAUGAACCGAGUGGUAAUAAGAGUUCAGGAAAGAUGAUGUUUCAACUCGGAGUGAACAAAUCUGGCGAUGCUGAUAACGUAAGUCAAAGCAGUUCGAUGUAUGAACGGGGAUGCAAGUCGCAAUCCGGGGAAGAAGGAACUUCCGCAAGUUUGUGGAAGCAAACUUCAGUGCCUCGUGGAGCGAUGGGAUCUCCGUUUGUUGGGUUGCCCGAAACGUCACAUUUAGGGUGGGGCCAUUGGUUUACGUUGAGAGACCUGGAGGAAGCGACGCGUAGAUUCUCGAAAGAAAAUGUGGUUGGGGAGGGUGGAUAUGGGGUGGUAUAUAAGGGCACAUUGAUUAAUGGGACGGUGGUAGCAGUGAAGAAGCUACUUAACAAUUUGGGACAGGCAGAGAAAGAAUUUAGAGUUGAAGUGGAGGCUAUAGGGCAUGUUCGACACAAGAAUCUUGUUCGUCUUCUUGGAUAUUGCAUAGAAGGAACCCAUAGGAUGCUUGUGUAUGAAUAUGUGGACAACGGAAACUUGGAACAAUGGCUUCAUGGAGAUACUCGGGAAAGUGGUGUGCUUACAUGGGAAGCGCGCAUGAAAGUCCUUCUUGGUAUAGCAAAAGCGCUUGCAUACUUGCACGAGGCUAUAGAACCAAAGGUUGUGCAUCGAGACAUAAAAUCUAGCAAUAUUUUAAUCGACCACGACUUUAACGGAAAGCUUUCGGAUUUUGGAUUGGCCAAGCUUUUGGAUUCAGGAGAAAGUCACAUAAAUACCAGAGUUAUGGGGACAUUUGGGUAUGUGGCCCCGGAAUAUGCUAAUACCGGCAUGUUGAAUGAACGGAGUGAUAUUUAUAGUUUUGGUGUGCUCCUUCUGGAAGCAGUAACUGGACGGGAUCCAGUGGAUUACAAUCGUGUUGCUAAUGAGGUCAAUCUUGUCGAGUGGCUGAAAAUGAUGGUGGGAAAUAGAAAAGCGGAGGAAGUUGUUGACCCAAAUCUUGACCUAAAACCCUCUACACAUGCACUAAAGCGUGCACUUCUGGUGGCACUCAGAUGCGUUGAUCCCGUCUCUGAGAAACGGCCUAAAAUGAGUCAGGUUGUGAGAAUGCUUGAUACCGAUUUCCCAUAUCGUGAGGAACGAAGGAACAGGAGGAGCCGCACCGCCAGCAUGGACGGUGAAUCCGUCAGCGGUUCUGCUGACAUGGAACAUCCGGCUCUCUAAUCAGAAAUCUGACUGAACAUAAGUAACCAUAACUAUUGACGGGUCGGAAUCAUUCUUGGUAGAUUACUAGCAGGAGUGGGUGGUCUAUGGUGGGGUGUAGGUAAAACCGAAAUCUUGAUUGUUGUAAAUCACAAAACAAGACUGAACGAGGGACAUGGUUUGUUUUAUUUUUGUUAAUAAUCUUGAUUAAUGAAGUUGUUGGUUCUCUUAUUCUUCUAAUUCUGGUUGGCUGGACAACCUUUAGUGUUGGCAGUAGUCAUAUGUAAUAGACAAAUCUUGAUGUUUAUGUGUGACCUAUUUAAUAUACAAAUAUUUUUGUUC